AUGGCCCGUCGUCGCAGACCCCCUCGAGCCGGCGCUCUAAACGAGCUUCCUCCUCUCAAAAUCGCCGCCCAGAUUGCAGUGCUGCAGGCGCUGUUCUAUGUUGGAGCCCUCGUGCUCAUGGUGUUCACUGCCCUGAUAGGCGGCAUAUCUUUUGGACCAGACAUGAUCCUGGGUUGGGAUCGCAUCAGGGGCGACACAACCCGAGGCUGGAUGUUGGCGUUGGUAUGGAUUAUUGACGGAGGCUUGUGCAUGGCCGUUGCCAUCGUCGCGCUCAUCGCCCGAAGCAAGCUUGUACCGGACUUUGCUCUCACCAUCCACUUCCUCCACCUCCUCGUCACCACCUUCUACACCGGCUCCAUCCCCAGCAACAUGAUGUGGUGGGGCACGAUGCUGCUCUCCUCGACGGUCACCAUCAGCCUGGGCAUGUGGGGGUGCCAGCAUCGCGAGCUGCAGCCCGUCUUCUUCGGCGGCGGUCGCAUACUGGGCAACAACGGCCCUCCCCCCGCGAGUACGACGGCAGGGAGCGCGAGCGACCCGCACGAGAACGAGGAGGAGGACAUAGAGCUGGGACUCUCAAGGGGGAGAGGAAGGGACAGAUCCAUAAACGAAGAGUACGAAAUGGACAAGAUGGUUCCGAGCCGGUAA